AUACAAGCAAAUACUUUCCUCGCACGUGUUCAUUGUCUCAACAGCUGGUCGGCGUCUACUUCUUCCGUCUCCUACACCUUCACCACACCCUACCAUCUCCCUCUGCCUUCUUCGCCACCGGCAACACCCGUACCGGAAACAGCUCCACAGAAAAUAUCUUUGUCGUCCUGACUCGGAAGAUCCAGCUUUGGUUGUGUCGCAUCCGAGUUCUCACCGUCUGAAUUCAUUCUUCUUCCUCUAUCCGUUUCUUCUUCCUCUAUCCGUAUCUUCAAAUUUCAAAGUGACGGUGAUGAGAGGGAACCCGGUUGUUAACCGUCGCGUGGUUCACAAGUGGCGGCAAGUCGGGAUCCCGACGGCUGGAUCGGUGAAGAUCAAGAUCCUGCUUUGCUGUUGUAUCGCGUUAACUCUGGUGGUGCUCGCCGGCCUCGCUUCCUCGUUUAUGGGAUGGACCGGCCACCCUGACUCCUCCUAUCGUCUGUCGUCGCCGCGGGGAAGGUAUGCUAUUGUGAUGAACACAUGGAAGAGAUAUGAUCUCUUGAAGCAGUCUAUUGCUCACUAUGUUUCAUGUCCUAGGCUUGAAUCCAUACACAUUGUGUGGAGUGAGCCCGAGCCCCCUUCUGAAUCUCUUAAGAGAUACUUGAACCGUGUUGCACAGUCAAAUUCUGGUGAUGGGCAUUCUGUUGAAUUGAAAUUUGACAUUAACACAGAAGACAGUUUGAACAACAGGUUUAAAGAGAUCAAGGAUUUGAAUACAGAUGCGGUUUUUUCGAUUGAUGAUGAUGUUAUAUUUCCUUGCUCUUCAGUGGAACUUGCCUUCAGUGUUUGGCAAAGUGCCCCUGAGACAAUGGUGGGGUUUGUGCCUCGUGUGCAUUGGGUUGAUGAAUCAAAAGGAAAGGAUCAUUACAUAUAUGGUGGAUGGUGGUCUGUUUGGUGGACGGGCACAUACAGCAUGGUACUCUCUAAGGCUGCAUUUUUCCACAAGAAAUAUUUCAGCCUUUACACGAAUGAGAUGCCAGCAUCAAUUAGAGAAUAUGUAGCCAAGAACAGGAACUGUGAGGAUAUUGCCAUGUCGUUUCUUGUGGCAAAUGCAACAGGUGGUCCUCCUAUAUGGGUGAAAGGUAAAAUAUUUGAAAUUGGUUCUACUGGAAUCAGCAGCUUGGGAGGUCAUAGUGAAAGAAGAACUGAGUGUGUUAACAGAUUUGUUACUGUGUUUGGGGGCAUGCCAUUAGUAUCUACUUCAGUGAAAGCCAUAGACAGUCGCAGUGUUUGGUUUUGGUGAUGCUGGCAUUUACACUACAAUUAUGUUCCCAGAAUUUCCACUCUAUUGGUUCCAUCGGUUGGACCAUUCCAUUUUUGUACUCCUUUACCGUUGUUUCCUUGUAUAAUAUUCGGAAAAUUCACGAUGUCACAUGUUUCAGAUGAUAGAAGCAAUGUAGUCUUGCUUGUAUUCUUAUUAUAUACUUCCAAUUCAUAUUACGAACAUUAUAUUUAUAAUACUACAUAAAAUUGUAAGUUUAUA